GAACGACACCACUUCACGAUGCCAGUGAGCGGGGUCAUAUUGACUGCAUGCGGCAUCUACUGGACAGCAAAGCCAAUCCAAACCAACCUAAUACGCUGAGAAAGACACCACUUCACUGUGCCAGUGAGCGGGGUCAUAUCGACUGUAUGCGGCAUCUACUGGACAGCAAAGCCAAUCCAAACCAACCUGGCGAGAAUGGCCACACUCCAUUGGACAUUGCAGCAAUGAAGGGUAGACUGCAUGUUGUGAAGUGUCUAGUCACCUGCAUACUGCGUAAGACAACAAAGCAGCAGUGUAUGUCACUAUUUGUACAAGCUUGCGACAAGUCUGCUGACAAAUGCGUACCGGCCAUACAGGACGGCAUCUUGGAUUGCAUAGUUGGUGUGCACAUUAGUCAAGAAGACAUGGAUGCUUGGACUGAGUUAGUCGGGAGACUAUCCGAACAAUGUUUAUUGUGGCUCACCCAGGAAGCCAUAACCAUUCGGAAACAACUACCUCCACUGCUUCUGGUGAGUUCAGGGCCAAUGUUGUGAGUAGUGACAGUACUCCUACACCCUCUGUAACCCACAUAGUUUCUGGACGUCAUCGAGGUACAUUUCCUUUCUUGAUCCAUGUAGUAACAGAAAGUGGAGGGGAGACAGAGCACCAGAAAUACGGAGGGAAAGCAAAAGAGAGAAAAGAAGAGAGAGAGAGAGAGAGAGAGAGAGAGAGAGAGAGAGAGAGAGAGAGAGAGAGAGAGA